AUGUCCGAGUACUUCAAGCAGUGGCCCUUGACCAAAAGAGCUGGGAGAGCAUGUCUGAAUUGCAGGGCGCGCAAAGUCAAGUGCAACGUGGAUGAGAAUGGGCCUCCUUGCCGCAACUGUCUUACCGGCGACGUUGCUUGUCGUGUUCAAAAGAGUAAGCGAGGCAGGAAGCCCGGAAAACUUAGCCAGUACUGUCCGUCAAAUGCUCAGAAGACAUCCCCAUCCGAUGUCGUGAUGCUCGAUGCCGACACCUCUGCAAUUGGAAGUUCUCGUCGGCUUGUAGCUGCAAGGCAUACGACAGGUUGGCUACCGAGUUAUGAUUCGAAGAAUGAGGCAACUUCACCGCCUGACAAGAGUGCUUCGCCUGGCCAGGAGUCUGAUAUGCUUUCAAGAUUGUUUGGAAGCUCCAUCCCCAACCUCGACCAGGACCACCUUCAUCUGGAAUUAUCGUACGCCUCGUUGAUUGAUCCUGAUACGAUGCACUACACCACGCACUUUGGGCCCCACUCACCAGGGAACGGGUCGACAUCUCAUCCAUCUCCUUCCGUCCAGUCAAUGGAGACAAAUCUUUACAAUAUGCCGGAUUAUGUCAAACCUCUCUCUCCACAUCUUACACCAGACGAUAUGAAUUACCUCUACACCAAAGGCGCCUUAGAAAUCCCUCCGAUCUCGUUUCGGGACGCUCUCAUCCGAUGUCACAUUCAAUACGUCCACCCAUUUUUGCCUCUCUUGGAUCUUCCAUCACUGGUCUACCGCACAAUUGUGCCAGGCAGGAUCGAAACUCCCCAAAUCAGCAUUUUGUUACUUCAGGCAGUCAUGUUUGCGGCAAUGGCAUUUGUCGACAUCGACGAAAUUCACAAGGCUGGAUUCAAAACGCGACGGUCUGCGAGGAAGAUCUUCUACGAAAGAAUUCGUUUACUCUACGACCUUGAUGUCGAGAGCGACCGUGUCACAAUAAUUCAGGCAGCUCUCCUCAUGUCAUACUGGAAUGAAACACCAGGUGACAACAAAGGAGGAUGGCACUGGAUGGGUAUUGCCGUGUCUCUAGCACUGACACUCGGCAUGCACAGGAAGACCGAAUACACCGUCAUAUCGCGGGAGACUCGACUCUACAAGCGAAUAUGGUGGGCAUGCUAUAUCCGAGAUCGAAUGUUGGCCCUGGGGAUGUCUCGACCACUCAGGAUCAAGGACCACGAAUUUGACACUCCCAUGUUGACCUUGGGCGACUUUGAGAUCGACGAUUUUGCCACGGAGCACGUGGACCCUUUUCUGAGCCCGAACUCGCAGACUGCGUUGGCGGAAAUUUGCAUCGAAAUGGCCCAGCUGUGUGUUCACCUCGGAGUCGUUGUUGAUCUGCACUUCUCCCUCCUCGCCGCAGGUCAUUCUGCGUUGAAUCCGGCCGAUAAAACCGGCCGAACAAACAUUAUGCUCUUCCCAAGAAGCAUCCCGUGUCCGUCAGAUUCAUUGCAAAUUUGUGACGAUGCUCUCCAAAAGUGGGCCCACAAUCGUCGAUCCGCCCGCAUUUACAAUUCGCCGGGGCCGGAGGACGUGGCCUCCAGUCCAUGGAUCAUUGUUCAACGGGCAUUUCUAGACAUCACCUUCGAAUCCAUUGUCUCAGCUCUUCAUCGUCCCCAGAUUCGGCCACAUCCGCAAUGGACGAAUGAGGAAUCAAGGAAAAUGUCCGUUAAGAGGAUCGAAGAGGCAAGCAUAGGCAUUGCAAAGACGGUUCGUGAUCUUCACCAAUUUCACCUUGAUGGUUAUCUUCCUCCAACAGCGGCCACAAUGCAAUUACCGGCGAUGAUCACCCAUAUGAAGCGACUUCAAACGCAGGAAAACAGAGGGGCCCAAGAAUAUUUGGAUUCAUUGUUCUGUUGCCUCAAGGUGUUGGAGAAAUUACAGGAGCUCUAUGUGGGCGCAGAUCUGUGCAUGUUUUUCGCCAUGGAGCUCUUGAAGGGAGCGAAUAUCACUCCUGCAGUCGGCAGUGACUUGAAGCUCAGCCAGAUUGUUUAUCGAGGAAGCCGAUCGGAUCUCAGCCUGUUCCACUCCAGUUCUGUCGAGAUCCCUCUGGCCAGGACCGCCACGACCGCCACGGCCCGUGUUGAUAUGGUUUCGCGUAAAGAUGGGUAUCAAGACAUCAGCAAUCUGGAAUCCGAUUACAUGCCGCCAUUUAUCGGAGAUGAUACAGAUGCGGGUGUCCUAAGCAACGGGCUCCCGACUGACGGGAACUAUAAUGGGCAAAUGUCAACGCCGAACGAAGCGGACUUGGAGGAUUUCUUUGGCACACUGAUAGGUUUCGACGACUUAUUGGAAGGGGAAACGGGUUGGCCAAACUAUUUGAACGACAUGGAAAUCCUCGUGCCUUGA